AUGUCUGAUCUACGCAUGCGUGCUUAUAAACCACCGGUGUUUUUUUCUUUGUUUGACUCUUCAUAUGUCUUCUGCUUCUUUUUCUUCUUCUCCUCCACCUCUGCCUCUUUCAUAGUCUUAUUCGACUUUCUUUCCUUCUCCUUCUUCUUCUUCUUCUUCUACUUCUUCUUCUUCUUCGUCGUCGUCGUCGGCGGCGGCGUUUCCAUUCCGUUCUUCUUCCAUAUCUCCGUCUUCUUCUUCAAUUUCUUCUUCCUCUUCUACGAUUUCUUCGUCUAUUUAUUCUUCUUUAUCUUCGUCGUCUCUUCGUCGUUUUCUUUGAAUUCUUUGUAUUGCCUUUCAGUUACUUCGUCUAUGUCUUCGAUUUCUUUGUUUACUUCAUCUUCGUCGUCAUCUUUCUUCUUGUUCAUAUCUAUCUAUCUAUCUAUCUAUCUAUCUAUCUAUCUAUCUAUCUAUCUAUCUGAUUCUAUUCACAUCUAUCUAUCUAUCUAUCUAUCUAUCUAUCUAUCUAUCUAUCUAUCUGUCUGUCUGUCUGUCUGUCUAAUUCAUUAA